ACUCCAGUAGUUCGAACAAUAUGGCGGUUCUUAGACGUCUAGUUUAUGGAAUAAAUGGUAGUUUUAAUUUGGGUAAUAUUUCGUUUAUGGGCCAGAGCUUGUGUAGAAACCAUAUAAUGCAACAUAAUGUUAUUAAGCCAGAGUGGUCAGACUUUAGGUUUAUUGGUUAUGUACAAGAUGCAGAGGAAGAACGAGAUAAAAUAUUUCAGCAAGUAAAGGAGAUUCGAAGGAUGAGAGAAGGUUCAUUCAAUCCAGCUAAAUUACAUUUAGUCCAGCGAGUUAAAAGUUUGUAUGGCAGGCCAUACUGGGAGAAGUUAACCAUGAAGAACUUGAAGUUAGAUGGAAAGCCAAGCAGCUAUGUGAUUUUGAAGAAUACCCCAUCUAUAAAUCGAACUUUGUGGACUGUGAAGCAUCUGAUUAAAGUCAAACCUAUAACUUUUCCAUAUGGUCUUCCAAAAGAAGGUGAUUACAGUGGUACUUUUCUAAAACCAAGUGGUGAAAUGUUUGUCUCUCAGAAGCUUAAAGUAAAUCCAGAAUGUUUAUUAGAAAAUCCUAAAAGAGAACAGGUAAAAAUGGACACUGAAACAUUGAAAAAAGAACUUAGAAGAAAAUGGGUUACAUGAAGCUAUUACAUGAAAAGAAAAUCUUAAGUGGAGUGAGGAUAGUAUGCUUAGAUAUGAAGUGUUUGCUUCUCAAACAAUGACAAGAAAUGUCACUGCUAAAAUAUAACAUGUAUUUCAGAAAGAAAUAAAGGAAUUCAUAAGUAGUGUAAUGCUCAGAAACCUUCAGUGUUUUUCACUGCUUAUGUAUGAUUACAUAACA